GGGCCGAGGCCUCGGACUCCAGAGCCCGAGGGUCUUCUCAGCGGCGGCGGCGGCCGCAGCAUCGGCGGCGACGUCACAGUCUUCGCGGCCUUGCACGCAGCGCUCUGGCCGGUCGCCGAAUGCCCGCGGAGGACGCGCAUCGCAUCUCCUCCCAGAGUUCCUGCUUCCUGGGCCAGCCAACGCCGCAGGAAGCAACACAGGACCUUGCCUGCUGUGAGCUCCAGGAAGAAGAAGCAGCGUGCACAGCUAAAGAGGCAUCUGGCUCGAUUGCUGAUAAAGAAUAUGGCUGUUGCCCCUAAAUCCCGCAUGCAUGUCAAGAUGAUGACUAUUGAAACGAGAGACCUCAAUAGGAAGGAAGGCACCGUGCACUCACCAGAGGCCAGGCCUGGAAAAGCUUCACAGGAGGAGAGUUCUCAAGGACCCCUAGUGCUCAGCCAGCCACGAGAAUCUCAAACUCUGUCCUAUACUCCAGUGACCACAGAGCAGCAACAGAUGGCUUCUCUUUCCAGGGAGCACCACGGGCACUGUGUCAGGCCCAAUAGAUUCUCAAGUGUGAUCCUGCAACCUUGUGCCACCCCUGGCCCUCUUCUACUGCAGCCACAGGUCUCUAGUGCCUCCAACCAGGAUUCUGUUUCUGAUGCUUUAGAGUGGCAGCGGAAGCUAGAGGCUGCUGAGGCUCUGCUGGCUCUGAAAAACUCUUCUCAGGCUCCUACUGACUCCAUGCCCAUUCAACAGUCUGACAGUCCACCAGGUCCUGCUGGAGAUACAGAAUUGCAGCUGUCCAGCCCCUCUGUGCCAUCUAGGCCUGCCAACUCUGCCUCACUGCCUACUGGACAUUUGGACUGCAUCUCCCUCUUGACCUAAGAGCCCAGAAUGGGAAGCCUUGCUAGAGCACUGCCUGUUUGGUAUCCUGUUUAUGAAUGUACAAAAUGGUCCAUAUCUAAAAUGAUUAACAUGUCUUUAUUUUUUUGAGACAAGGUUUUAUGUAGCCUAGACUGACCUCAAACUUGAUAUGUAGCCAAGGAUGUCCUUGAACUCCUA